CUGUUCCGGGCCGGGUGGAUUCGUUUCUCGGCGUAAGCGCAACGUCGGCCCUCUCUGGCAGCACACACGUUGAAAAGUAGCCUCCGUACAUGCCGUUGCCUUCUGAAACCAGCCAAGGAUCGUACGCGUACGGAGAGAUGCUAAGUGCUGCCGGCCGCACGGGCCAGCCGCGGCCUCUGUUUGGAGGCGCCCUGUCUGCCGUCCUCCCCCACAGCGCCACCGACGUGAGCGAGCUGAGAGAAAUACCGGACAACCAGGAGGUGUUCGCCAACGCUCACACGGACCAGAGUAUGAUCGUGGAGCUGGUGGAGUACCAGAAGGAGGUGGCAGACCACGAGGCUGCCAGGUACCACUUUGAGGAUAUCGCCGCCAGUAACAAAGCGCUGGAGCAGGGUACGUCUGAGGUGAGCAGCGUCGUGGCCCUGCAGAAACAAGACCUGCUACUGUCGGAGUGCAGUUCCGCCUGGAUGCUGACUGGGACGCAGCGUGUCUCCAAAUUCAACGAGGAGGCGCGGAACGAGGUGGCCCUCCACCUGGGCUUGUUUCGCCUGCCGCAGUUUUCCACGGACAUCCUGGUAUCUUUUAAUGACCCGCAGGACAUCAACCCCAAGAGCAGCAGUGCUUCAGCCAUGGGCCCUGAAGAGCAGCUGUGGACAGUGCAGGACUUCCAGCUGUUGUUGCAGACUCUGAGACUCCACAACCCUGGCCUGUUUGUAUAAAGUUUUAAUCGGAGACUGAGGCUUGAUAAGCUCGCAUUUUGAUGCAUCCGGCAUUCUCUCCUCUGCCAUCCUAGGCUACGUUCACAUUGCAGGCUGAAGUGACCCAAAUCCGAUUUUUUUUGCCCCUAUGCGACCUGUAUCGGAUCUUUUCAUGACAGUCUGAACGACACAUCCGAUUUUUUCAAAUGCGACCCAGGCCACUUGGAUAUGUGG